CUCACACACUCACAAUCACUGCACACACAAAAACAACACAGUAAUGAGCUUCGGCAGCGACGAUCUAGAGGCUGCUCCGCCACUGCAACUGUCAUCAUCUGAUUCCUACUCUCAUGUGUCUUACAGUUGUGGCUCGUGUGGGUACGAACUGAACCUCAACUCUUGCAACCGCAACAUAUCAAUGAUCGAUUCAGAGUACGGCAAGUCGAUGAAGCGAGGGGUCAUAUCCUUCUUCUCUGUUGAUGAGAGCCGAUUCACACAGAUAAACAAGCACCGAUGGCUACCCUACUUGCCUUCAUGGAGGCUAUUUCAACGACCAACCAAGCUGUUAUGUAGGGGUUGUCGGAGCUACAUUGGCACGGCGCGGAAUGUGGAGGAUGGCAUUUCUUCCUCUCCGUAUCAACUGGUAAAGCAAGGCUCAAUGACUUGGGAUGGGAUCUCUGCUCGUAGGAUGUACGAGAUCAAGAUACGUUCUCUGAGACCCGUGGCAUUUACUCUCAGUGAUGAAUUGGACUCAAAAUUUGAAGAAUUCCAUGAUCAUACAAGCUCAACUGUUCAAUUGGUUGAUUAAGUAUGCAUCAAAAGGUUUUGUAACUUCUACUUUUCCCAAUCAACAACCGAAUACAGAUAGCUUCUAUUUUUUCCCAAUUCAGAGUGUCUAAAUAUAUACUCCCCCCGUCACAUAAUAAAUGGGACACUUUGUAAUGACACAUAAUUUUAGGAAAUAUUGUUGUGUGUAAAGUAGAAAGAGAAAAUAAUAUAUUUAUAUUAAUGUGA